AUGGGAACAUUCAGAGCACUGCAGAAUCGAGCCGCUGCAAUGAACCAGAGAUUAGUGGAAUUUUCAGGACUCGAACCAGAACUUGUUGAGAACAUCCUGCAGUAUGCUAAGAGUCUGCUGAAAUCUUCAUCAAACGAAAUAGAUGAAACUGUAUUUACAGCACAAAUGGUCGAUCAGUUUGAAAUAACGAGCACUUUCAUGGUCUCUCAGAUGGCUGAAGCUCUUAAGAAGGGAAACAAAAACUUUCUCGCCACGAGUGAAUCCGGCAGGCAACGCGGCAUUCCCCUGGAAGACUUUUGUCGCAUGGUGUGUACGUUUCUGAGCCAGAAGCUUGACAUCAAAAUUAAUUGGGUGUUUGGUGUCUAUGACACAAACAACGAUGGUUCUCUGAGUAAACUGGAAAUGCACAUAUUACUAAAGCCAUGCGUUCUGCACACUGAGGACAUGGACCUCGAUGAGGCUAUUAGGGAUCUGAUUGAAAUUGUCAUGUCUGUUGUUGACGUCAACAAAAAUGGGUUAAUUGAUCUAGAAGAAUUUAGGCACUUGGUAAAGACAAAUAUCCUGUACAUCGAUUUGUUAGGUCAAGUUCUUCCAAGGGAUCACGUGGUCAAAAAGUUUCUUCAGAAGAUAAAGAACAAAUCGCCAAAUCAAGUUGCAAUGUUAUUUCAGAAUGAGCGAGCGCGUGCAUUAACUGAGGCACCAUUGUCAAAACCACCUGCUUUAUAUCCCAUACAACUAGAAAUACCCUGA